AUGGCGCAUCUGCCCGAGGUCAACCUUCGCACCCAGAAGCGCCUCGCCGCCUCCGUGGUGGGCUGCGGCAAGCGCAAGAUUUGGCUCGACCCCAAUGAGAUGAAUGAGAUCUCCAACGCCAACUCCCGCCAGACCAUCCGCAAGCUCGUCAGCGAUGGCCUCAUCAUCCGCAAGCCCGUCACCAUGCACUCCCGCUCCCGUGCCCGUGAGCUCGCCGCCGCCCGCCGCAUCGGCCGUCACCGUGGUCUCGGUAAGCGCAAGGGUACCAAGGAGGCUCGUAUGCCCAGCCAGAUCCUCUGGAUGCGCCGCAUGCGUAUUCUCCGUCGCCUGCUCGUCCGCUACCGUGCCUCCGGCAAGAUCGACAAGCACCUGUACCACGAGCUCUACCACCUGAGCAAGGGUAACACCUUCAAGCACAAGCGUUCCCUUAUCGAGCACAUCCAGAAGGCCAAGGCUGAGCGUCACCGUGAGCGCGUCCUCAAGGAGGAGAUGGAUGCUAAGCGUGCCAAGAACAAGGCUCUCCGUGAGAGACGUCUGGAGCGCAAGGAGGCCAAGCAGAACGCCCUCGUUGCUGAGGCUCAGGAGUAA